GUCAGGUGACCGGGAUGCGGAAGUCCUUCACGGGGAAGCGCCGUUUCCGGGGCAGUUCCGGCUGGUUGAGCUGUGUCGGCCGCACUGAGCGCUGAAGUUGAGGUCGUGGCCCACUAUGAGACAGACUCUGAGGCCUCCAGCACAACACUAAACUUGUAAUGAAAUGGAGUCUGGAUCAAGCUCUUUCCGAGUGGAAUUUCCAGAUUUUUCUAGCACCAUUUUGCAGAAGUUAAAUCAGCAGCGCCAGCAAGGACAAUUAUGCGAUGUCUCCAUUGUAGUUCAGGGCCAUCUCUUCAGAGCCCAUAAGGCUGUUCUUGCAGCUAGUUCACCUUACUUCUGUGAUCAGGUUCUCUUAAAAAAUAGCAGGCGAAUAGUCCUGCCUGAUGUGAUGAACCCAAGAGUAUUUGAAAACAUUCUUCUGUCUACCUACACAGGUCGGCUGGUAAUGCCUGCUCCAGAGAUUGUUAGUUACUUGACAGCAGCAAGUUUCCUUCAGAUGUGGCAUGUAGUGGAUAAAUGCACUGAAGUGCUAGAGGGAAACCCAACAGUUCUUUGUCAGAAAAUGAAUCAUGGCAGUGACCAUCAGUCCCCAAGCAGUAGUAGUUACAAUGGCCUUGCUGAAACCUUUGAACUUGGAUCUGGAGGGCAGACAGAAUUCCACAAAGUGCAGGAACUGAGGGAUGGUGAAAAUGAAGAAGAGAGUUCUAAAGAUGAGCUAUCAUGUCAACUGACAGAACAUGAGUACCUCCCCAGUAAUUCUUCAACAGAGCACGACAGACUUAGUACAGGAAUGACGAGUCAGGAUGGUGAAGAAGGAACUAGUGAUAGCGCUGAGUAUCAGUAUACCAGACCUAUAUAUAGCAAACCCAGCAUCAUGUCUCACAAGCGGUGGAUCCAUGUGAAACCAGAAAGAUUUGAACAAGACUGUGAAGGUGUUGAUAAUUCUUAUGAUGAACAUCAAGUUUCUGAAUCCAUGAAUGCCAUUCAGGCAGAUCAUUCAAUCCAGUCUUCAGGUGUUGAAGACUUUCAUAUAGCUGACAAAAAGAUGGAAGCAGAAUUUGAUGAACAAGCAGAUGAAAGUAAUUACGAUGAGCAAGUUGACUUCUAUGGCUCUUCUAUGGAAGAAUUCUCUGCUGAAAGGGCAGAUGGAAAUUUAAGUGCUCACAGACAAGAUCUUAUGAUAGCAACAGGCUAUGGUGAAGGCAUUGAAAUGGCUGCAGGAAUUAAAGAAGAAACAUCCCUCACUGGAUUCUCACAUGCUGAUAAGCUGUAUCCUUGUCAGUGUGGUAAGAGCUUUACACACAAAAGUCAGAGAGAUCGGCAUAUGAGUAUGCACCUUGGUCUUCGACCUUAUGGGUGUGGUGUCUGUGGUAAGAAAUUCAAAAUGAAACACCAUCUUGUUGGCCAUAUGAAAAUUCAUACAGGCAUAAAACCAUAUGAAUGUAACAUCUGUGGGAAAAGAUUUAUGUGGCGGGACAGUUUUCAUCGGCAUGUGACGUCUUGUACCAAGUCAUAUCAAGCUUCUAAAGCUGAGCAGAGUACUACUGAGAUGAACUGAGACGUUAGAGCUUACAUUUGUUCAGUACAGUAAUGAAAAUAAACUAAUCAUUCAAAUAGUGUCUGGUACUUGCUAUUGUGAAAUUUAAAUUCUCAAAAAACAGGUUUCAAUGAUUACGCUGGUGUGAGCAGACCAAAUGUUUUAUCUUCCACUAUACUAUUCCAGAUGGUGGGUGUGCAGUGGAAAUGGUUAAUCUGAAAGGUGCUUGCAAAAUGUGUUCCGUAAGGUCUUUGUGACAUUAAUUGCCUUCACAACAGUAUUUAGAAGCCCUGCUGUUUUCUGAGUCUUAUAAAUUGACAGUAAUACCUAGCUCAAAAUUGAUUGAAAUUGUACAAUUACUUACGUUAAGCACGAAAAAAAGAAGCCUUACUGGGGGAGGGAAAAAUUAAUAUUAAAGAGAACUAGGAUAACUGUACUGGGCUAUGUGGAUUAUCUGUUAAUAAAAUUUCUGUGAUUCACGUUUAAGGGGGAAAAAAAAAAGUAGAAUUUCUCUUAGACCAGAGACUGUCUGUUAACAUACUCAACAUGCAUAAUUAAAUAGCCUGCAUUAUUAAAUAUCCCUUAUUGUAUUGCUUAAUGAAAAGCUGUGUUAAAGGUGGUUUGGCUUUCCUUUAUCUCUUCUACUUUUUUUUUUUUUUUUUAAUCUAUCUCCAGUAAGACAAAUGGUUGCUUAAUUUUGUGCUGGUUUCUAUUUAAAGAGUCUGUAAGGCACUUAAAUAUAGUUGAGCACUAUGUGAACUUAAAUCUGUAUUUAAUAUAAUUUAGUUUGUUCUUCCAGGGCCUGAUGCUGUAUGAGUCUUGGCUUGGCUUGAUUUUGAUUGUUACAUAACAAGAGCUAUUGAAGUGUGUAUAAUAAGCAUAUCUUAUUUAAAAAAAAAAAAAAAAAAAAAGUAAUAUUUGGAUCUUACCCAAAAUACUAAAAAUUCUAAAAUCUAACUGUAUAUUCACUUUUUUUGUGACUUACUACAGUAGCAAGUACCAAACUCUGUAGUUUCGUAAAUUGAAUUGGCGUUUAUUGGUAUAAAAUCUUGUUUGAGAAUUUUUAUCUAGUUUUAGAAACGUGUUUUGGGAAAAUGAUUUAGGCAUUGAUAAUUCUUAAUUCUUUACUCUUUGUAAGAAGUAAGAGCUAUGAUACAGAUUCUUGGUACUGAACUACUGUGACUGGCUACAUGAUUUUAAGUAGCCAGAUCUGUUUACCUCUUCAAAUGAAGUUGCUUGUGGAAGCUAGGUGGGAAGAUGUAGAAAGUACAGUAUUUGGAUCUAGUAAUGGUGCUGCAGAACAUGGUACUGUGCACAUGUCCAAGGUCUGGAAUUUCACUGGGAAAGUGACGCUUUUUCAUUAGGGUGAGGAUCUCAUUCUCAGAGCUAGAUGGAGGAAUGUUUGUAGCUUUGAGAGAUGCUGCCGGCUGUGUAGGUAGAGUGCAUCACUUACAAAGGUGGCAACAGGAUUUGGGGGUUGAAAGCAUAGUGCAUUUAAAUGCAAAAGCAAUAGUCCUUCUCUGUACUUCUCUAAAAUAUAAGAGCCUUUAGAGUAUACCUAGGCUAUAAUAGAAAGAAGUGAUAUCCAAGCACAGUGUAACACACGGAAAGAAACUAACAAGUAUCAAAGGCCUUCUAAACCUGUCUGGCCCUGGUUAAUGCAUUAAAUCUGGAACUUAUGGGAUAACAUACUUAAACAGAUGACUGUGUAUGAUGAAGCAAGAACAUGCGAAGGUGAUGCCAAUUUGGAUUCUUUUUUAAACUUCUAGUUACAGCUUGUCUUGAGAUGCAACCAAACUGUAUCCUGAACAUCAGUAUCUUGUACAAGCUGGGUUUUAUUACUUGGUGGGUUGUAAUUGCCGUCACUUCUUUUCUGGCAUUCUGCUUACAAACUUCAGUUUUUUAAGAGGCUCUAAAUCUUCUAACGAUUCAGAUAUUUUUUCACACAGAAUGUUCUUAAAACAGAUACUCCCAAAUAUCAUGAAACCAUUGCUGGCAAUGGGCAUGAAUAGUCAGCAUCAAGGAGUUCCUAUUCUUAGCACUUAAUUGAACUCUCUAAUAUACCAUGGUGGCCAUAUUUAUAACCCUUGUAAUCAAGGUAACUAAACAGGGAUUUGCUCAUUAACACUGUAACCUGCUUUAACAUAUAGAUGCACUUUGUAUUUAAAAAGUAAAAACAAAAAAAAAAUAAUUAUAAUUAUGUUUUUUAAACUUAGAAAUGACAUUCCCUUUAUGGUUUAUUUCCACACUGCUAACACUGUCUUUUUUAAUACUAAGAAAAUUAUGAUGCUUGCCUGUUUACAUAAGUAUAGAGGAAGGGGUUCUUGCACUCACUGGCCCUGUGUUUCCAUUCUUCAAGGCCUUACUCUGCGUAUGGGGCAUCAUUUCUGCAAGUACUGUCAACACAUUUUUGAGCAAGCUAUAUUCAUACUCAUUUCAAGAAUGAUCUUGUAUACUGCAUUGGUUCUCAAACCCUUUCAAACUGUCGCUUCAGUGUUGCAUAAGAAGAUGAAGGAUGUCACUUCCCAUUUAACCAAUAAAAGGCUGGUCAGAAGCACCAGGCUGAGAACCAUGGUCAAGCAAAAAAUUAUAACCAUUAAAUCCAGACCACCUUACAGAGCUGCCAGCAAAACUGUUUACCAGCUUGGAAUGACUUUUAUAUGGGAUGUUUUGAAGUUGAAAAUUGCUCCUAUUUGCAGUUAAAUUACUUUAAAAUAAAGCUUUAAAAUGUACUAAGAGAGACACUUUAAAUGUUUUUAUAACAGGUCCAGUAGAUCAUAUUGUAGAACCAUAUCCUCCUUUAGUGAUUCAGCAUGAAUAGUAUCUUUUAAAUAUUUACCUGUUUGUGUUUUACUCUGUAAUAUGACAUCAUCUGGAACUCCAGCAAAUGUUGCUGCACUGACUUCUUAAAUUAUUAUUAUUUUUAAACACUUGACUUUCUGAAGUUAGUUUACAUGAAACCAACUAAUUAAAGGAAAAUAUUGAUAAGAUUGAGAGUUAAUUGAGAGGGCUGAGUGUUUAAGUGAAGCUUGAGGUACUUCUGUAAAAAUGUUACUUUUGUCUACCACAGGUAAAAUAGUUGACUUGGAAUGUUUUUACAGAGCUUAACUUACUGUGCUUCGACAGAAUUCUAAACACUGAUGAAGGUAUCGAGAAAAAGAAAACAUAAAAUUAAACUCUCUCCUUUCCUCAGGUUCACCUUAACUCUGAUGCCACUCUUCCUCUCCAUCUUCCUAAUCGCACUUCUGCUUAUUUUCACUGGGAGUUCCUCUCAGUCACUUUGUUUCAAUCCUCUUGGUGAGGUGGAAGUUUGCAUAGGUGAUUGGGGUCAUACAUAUCCUUGUUUUUUAGUGGGUGGCCCCUCCUGUGCCAGGCUUGUCAGUGUCACUGCCCUCUUGGUGUGGUGUAGCCACAGACUGUAGCUGCUCCUAGGGUGUGCUUGUUCUUAAUUGGUUCAUCCCAGGACUCAGUUAUUUCAGAACUGUACCUGCUCUAGCACAGCUUAUCCAUUGGUUGAAGUCCUGUGGAAAUGUUUCUCCUCUGGCACUGUAUGACCUUCUGAGGGUGGGUCUUCACGUGUCCUCAGUAUCUCCUUUGCACGUCUUCCUAGGAGCAUCUCCAGUUUCUCCUCAUGUUUCUAGCUUUGUUUCCUCAAGAGUAUCUCCUCUUUUCAUCCCUUGCACCUCUUGCUAGCAUCUACUGCUUGUUCGUAAAUGUAUUUCAGCAGAAGUGCUGUGCUGGUUCUAAAUUUGGCAUGUAACGGGCUGUUUAUAUCAGUUUUAGUGCUAGCUAGAAGCUGUUUUGACAGGCACAGGGCAGUUCAUGACCAUUGCUGUGUGUGCCACCAUUGCAGCCCACUGAAACCCAGCAGUUGAUGCCCAAGGCAGCUGUACACAGUAAAGAGAGAAAUGUAGAUGCAGCUGCUCCUGAGCUGUUAGUCACUUCUAGGGCAGUGAAUUUGUUUGAGAGUUUUGGUGGGGCUUUUGGGGGUUUUUUUUUGUUUGGUUUUUUUUGUUUUUUUCUUGUCUGUGAGCAGGAGGAAAGUGAUCAGUCUGUAUCCAAAUGUAUAUUUGGUAAAUUUCAUUUAUCUCCCCAUAAGCUUCAUUACUUUAAUAAUCCAACCUUGAAAAUUCUGUAUAUUUUUAUAUUGCUCACUUCUGCUGUUGACAGCAGUAAGGCGAAUAUCUUCUGAAAACUAGAAUUAUUGUACACACAGGAGGCUGUCAAAUUUUUCCAUUACUGUGAAGCCACUCAUUGUCCUGUCAGUGGAAGAACGUCUUCUGUUAUGACACCUGACUUCAUUUGUAUUCCAUUCCAGUACUAAGCUGUUAAUUACCAUGUAAUCUAUGUAACCAAGAUUCCCAAAAAAAUAUCAAAAAAGCUUAGCGGGGUUAGGAUGUCCUUUAGAUGUGUAUCUGACCCUUCGGAGGGAGGAGGUUAAUAUUCACACACUCCUGUAGUAGAUUUGUUAGUGCUUUUUUUCUUUUUUUAAGUGUUACCUUCAAAGUUGCAUGCAGCAGCUAUCUUCGUUUAAUGGAUGAGCAGGUAGAGUCUAGAGAAUACUGUCCAUUACAAUUUUGGUUUUACCUUUUAUUCAUCUGAGAUGUUUGUGUUUAAGAAACUUUGUUCCAUAUCAAAAAGGGAGGCUGAGCAAAGGCUGAUAACACUGAAGUCCCUAUGUUGUUGAGUCUGAAAGAAUGGAGUCACUUGUAAUUUCAGCCCUUUUGAGCUGAAAGGUGAGGUGACCUUUCUCUGAAUUCUGAGAGCCCAUAGCAGUAUAUUGAGUGUUUUGCUUUAAUAGAAUUCGAACAUUUCUCAAAACAGAUGAUUUUUUAUUUUUUUUUUUUAAAUAAUUUAAAUGUUUAAUUGGAUAGCUAGAAUACUUCAGCUGUAAGCUGACAAUGCCCUGGGGGAAGAUGCUGGAAAACAAAACGGUACAUUUUUAACGUGAUUAAAUUGUAAGUUCUGAUUUUGCUUGAAGCCUGUGUGUGUCGAUUGCUGCUUUGUUUUGUUUUGUUUUGUUCUUCAUGGGAUUCCAUAUUUCUUCCAGAAAUAUAAGUGCUUAUGCAAGUCAAGUGAAUCUUCCUUAAUAAGCUAUAUGUUUUUAUUCUAAACAAGUCAUUUAUAAUAGUAAAACUGCAUAUCUCGAUAUUUUGUGAGAUGUUAAUGCUUGUAUUGCAGAGGUUGGAUAGAUUUGUCUAUAAAUAUUGCUGUCUUAAUUGUACAGCAUGGUUUUAAUUUAAUGUUACUGUUCAAUAUUUUCUUCUUAUAGAAGAGUCUCAUGCCCCCCUUUUGUAUAACAUGUUUUAAUAAAUGUUAUCUGUCAA